AUGGCAUCUGAAGCACCACCUACUGGUCCUGGUCGUGGCGUUAGUCAACUAUAUCCAACAGCUUCAGUGGCAGGCAGAGAAUCACAAGCACCAUCCGCUUCCGCCUCUACUCGGAGUGUUAGCCCGCUCCAUCCAUCUCCUAGCCGCUCUCCAUCUCAGGCACCAAAGGCCCUUUCUAAAGCACCAUCUUCAACUGGUCAAAUUCAGUCUCAUCGGCCAACUAUGAGACCUUCUCAAGCUCCAAGUAUUGAAGGUUCAUCGCAGGCUACAUAUACUCAACCAACAAUAAGACCCUCUCACGCUGCAACUUUAAGAGCCGCAUCUCAAGCUCCAUCACACCAAACGUCUAUGAGACCUUCACAUGCAGCAAAUCUCAGAGGUCAAUCUAAGGCUCCAUCUUCUUACACAGCAUCUCGUAGUCCAAUCAACUACACCGCCACAUCCCCUCAAACCCUAGGCCGUGGACCCUCCUUGAAGCCAUUCGACAGUACCACUGAGCUCCAACGUGAUGUUUCUCGGCAACCAACAAUAAUGUUGCAAACCCCAUCCAACCGCCAAACAUAUCUCCAACGCGACCCCAGCAUUUCCCAACCCACACUUCUCAACCGAGACCAAUCUCAGAUGCUCUCAUCCAUGACCACCAUCAAAGAAGUGAGUAUCGGCCCCUCCAAAGCCCCAGAAAACAUAUCCAGCACCCGCAGUAUCCUCCACACACCCCUCGACAUCCAAAUGGCCAGUCGGCAACCCACCAUCAACAACAUGAAAGGCGCCGAGCGCGAGGAACAAGAAUCCUGGGCCCUGGGAAAACUCGUAAAAUUGAGUACUGGAUGUCCGCAGAACUAUGGAUGGUCCCGAAGAAGUGAUGGAUAUAUAUGUGAUGGGGGAAGUCACUAUAUUACGGAUUUGUUGCUUGCGGAGGGAUUGGGUGGCAUGUUUGUGAUGAAGAAUAAACAUGAGUGGCAGGAUAGAAGUCAGGGUCCGUAUUAUUGGGUGGGGAAAAAUGCGGAGGGGAAGAAUCUCUUUUCGAAGAAUAAGGAUGCUAAGGUUGUUUAG